AUGUCCCUAAGUGACUUUGAAGGCCUGAAGACCAUCGGCACUGGAUCGUUCGGCACGGUGAAAGUAGGCAAGUUGAAGAGCACCGGGGAGGUCUUCGCCAUCAAAAUUCUUGGCAAACAUCGAAUCAUGAGGGCAAACCAGGUGCAGCACACCAUCAGUGAGAAGAGGAUUCUGAGGUCCAUGGACUUCCCAUUCAUUGUCAAGGCCUUCCACCACUUUUCAGACAACGCCAACCUCUACAUGGUUAUGGAGUACUGCCCUGGUGGAGAGCUCUUUAAGCUGAUCCAGAGAUACAACUUCUUCUCGGAGACGAUGGCCAAGUUCUACGGGGCCCAGGUGGUCAUGGCUUUUGAGUUCCUACACGAAGUGGGCGUAAUAUACAGAGAUCUCAAACCGGAAAACAUUCUCAUCGACGCUCAGGGAUAUAUAAAGUUGGUGGACUUUGGACUGGCGAAAGAGACGAGAGCCUCGACACACACCAUGUGCGGCACGCCUGACUACCUGGCGCCUGAAAUGCUGCAAGGAAAGAGUUACGACAAGUCGGUGGAUUGGUGGGCUUUGGGCGUCCUGUUGUUCGAGAUGGUAGCAGGUUACAUACCUUACUAUGCGGAAACCAACACGGAGAGCUAUGCAAAAAUAUUAACAAAGAAGGUGUUUAUUCCAGUUAAAUUCAGCAAGGAGUUGGGAGAUUUGGUGCGCCAUCUACUGAAAAAGGAUCCCAAAUGUCGGCUGGGCUGCACUAUCAAUGGCGCAAAAACUGUGAAGAUGCACUCGUGGUUUGACGACGUCAGCUGGUUGAAGAUCCUGGAAAAGAAGGUGAUUCCACCGUACGUGCCAGUUCUGAAGAGUGACAUGGACACCAGCAACUUCGAUCCAUACGAAGACGUUGAAAUUGACUCCGCCCCCUUCUGCGUCUACUACAACAAUUUUGCUGCUUUUUAUUAA